AAAAGAGAAAAUAAAAAUCGAACGAGCGACGAAACGAAACACGAUAAAAUAAUCUGCCUUGUCAAAAACUAUAGAAAAUCUAUUUUUUAACGAAAACUUCUACAAAAAAUUAUUCAUUUUUAUUCAUUCUUGCAGAUAUUUACAAAUUAAUUUCAAAAAAGUUUAAUAACAAAUUAAGAAUUUAGCAAGUAAAAUAGCAAGUGUUAAACACGCCGACAUAAUGUUUUCUUAAUAGUACCAAAAAAGGUAAAAAUAAAUAAAAAAUAUCCAAACUUAUUGAAAACUUCAAAAGCCUAUAAAAACGGCCCACACUCAAAAAUACCACUGCAAAAGUUUAAUUAUAUGUAUGUAAAAGAAAAACAAAAAAAAGUUUAACGAAACGCGCGAAUAUAAUUAUUAUUAUUCGUAAUAUUAACAAAAUAACAAGAGUAAAUUAAGACAAGCAGAUAUAUACAUAAAUAAAUAUAAUAUUAAGAAAAAUUAAAUAAGUACAAUUUGUUCAAUUGACGUUUUGCUGCUGCUGCACAUUAUUACGAACGCACCGAUACAAUUCUUUAAAUAAUACAGAUAUAAAACACAAACACUAUUACAAAACUCAUACAACGAAAGAAUAAAACAAAAAUACCCUAAGUUUAUUAGGAACAGAACAAAUUAGAAAACAACAACCAUGUCCAGACCAAGACCAAAACUUCAUAUGACCAUACAAAAAGAACCGGAACCAGAAUUAGUUCCACCACGUAAUUUAGACUCCAGUACUACGAUACAAAUUGGAGAUCGUACAUUUGAAAUUGAUGCCGAUAGUCUGGAGAAAAUUUGUGAUUUGGGUCGCGGCGCCUAUGGCAUUGUAGAGAAAAUGCGUCACGAACAAACUGGCACUGUGAUGGCGGUAAAACGCAUUACGGCCACCGUUAAUCGUAAAGAACAGAAACGUCUACUUAUGGAUUUGGAUAUAUCUAUGCGUUCCAGCGAUUGUCCAUAUACGGUACACUUCUAUGGUGCCCUGUUUCGUGAGGGUGAUGUGUGGAUUUGUAUGGAAGUCAUGGAUACUAGUUUGGAUAAGUUUUAUCCAAAAGUUUUUAAAAAUAACUUAAUUAUGGAGGAGAGCGUUUUGGGAAAGAUUGCCAUGUCUGUGGUCAAUGCCCUCCACUAUUUGCACGCCCAAUUAAAAGUUAUUCAUCGUGAUGUCAAACCAUCAAAUAUUCUCAUAAAUCGCAAUGGUGAAGUCAAAAUGUGCGAUUUUGGUAUAUCAGGUUACCUCGUCGAUUCAGUGGCCAAAACUAUAGAUGCUGGUUGUAAGCCCUAUAUGGCACCCGAACGUAUUGAUCCCUCCGGCAAUCCGGCCCAAUACGAUAUACGUUCAGAUGUCUGGUCAUUUGGCAUAAGUAUGAUUGAAAUGGCCACUGGUAAAUUUCCCUAUAAUACAUGGAAAACACCGUUUGAACAAUUGCGACAAGUGGUUAAAGAUGAACCACCCCGUUUGGAAGCGGGUACAUUUUCACCCGAAUUCGAAGACUUUAUAACAAAGUGCCUGCAAAAGAGCUAUACGGCACGACCCAACUAUGAACAACUACUGCAGCAUCCCUUCAUAACGGAGCAUGCACAACGUAAUACAGAUAUUUCAAAAUUUGUAGCUGGUGUAUUAGAUAUGCCAGAGUAGGAGAUACAUACAUAUAUUAUUUUUCUAUUAGUUUAUUGUUAUUGAUGUUCAAACCAAUCAACCCAACCAACCAACAAACAAACAAAACACUACAAUUAUACAAUCAAGGACUAAUUAACAAACUAAACUAAAUAGUUAUUCAUACAUUUUUAUUUUAUGUUAAGCUGUUGCCAUUUCUACAUUUAAAUUAACAAUUAAACAAAUAAGGCUUCCACGCAAACAAUUACAUACAAAGUGCUUUAAAAACAUAUAAAAAUCUAGUAGUAUAUUAUAUAUAUAUUUUUUUAAAUAAUGCUACUACAUAAAUAUUUUAGUUAUUAGUAAUUUAAAAACCAACAUAAAUACAAACAUGCAAUCUUUGGUGUCAAUUAAAUGUACGAAUUAAUAUUUAACAAAAUUCUAUCUAGAAAACCUGCCCCUUGUUAAAACAAAAGAUUCAAAUUCACAUACAACUAAACAAAACAGCCUGAAACAUGAAGAACAAUAAAGUGUAUUCAAAUACACUCCCUAUAAUUGUAGUGGUUUACGUUUUGAUACAAAUAUUUUUAUUCUUUAUUUUAUAAAAUUGUGCAUGUUUGUUAAGAUUACAACGUAAAAAAGAGGUAAAGAAAAUGCAGCAGUUGAUAAGUCAAUUAUGUUAAAUUAUUAUUUUUGUAUGCAAGUGAAAUAGAAAUUUUCCUGUAACAAAAUAAACGAUUAUGAAAAAAUCACACGGAAACUUUACAAAAUAACGAAAACAAAGAAACAAAAUCAAACUGUUUAAAAGCUUAAAAGUUUGAAACAAACAAUUUAAAAAAAAAUAAAUUAUAAUUUAAAACAA